GCGCCAAACUCGCUUCACGCGCUCCACCUACCGGCUCGAGCACAGGCCGGUCAGCGGUGACACUUUAAUGACUCGCGUGCGCGAGGCGGCGGCGGCGGCGGCAUCCAGAUCAAACAACAGCAGCAGCAGCACCGCCGCAUUACUGAACAGGUGUGGGUAGCUGACUCGCAGCCAUGUUGAAAUCGGGCGCCACCAAGGUGGGGCUGCCCAAGCCGGGACUCCAGGAGCGGUCCAAGCAGGCCUCCUUGGCCCCCUCGUCCUCCACCACCACCUCCACAGCCAUGAAGACCUCCAGAUCCUCCAACAUGCUGGCCUCAGACCAGCGCCUCAGCAGGCUGAAGAGAGCCAGCAGUGAUGAUGCCUUGACAAAGCCUGCACUGGGAGCUGCUGCCUCUGGCUCCAGGAUGAAGAAGACUGUGACCACAGGAGCCAUCUCAGAUCUGGCAGAGGGCCGCCCUCGCAGCCUGUCAGGUGCACAAGCAGCCAAGAAGUCUGGAAUCCCAGCUCCUAGAGAAAUCCCUUCUACCAUAACCAGAGACCGCAUCUCUCUGAGGGACCAGCUUCGGAGCUCUUCCACUAAGAAGAUGGUUUCCAGUGCCAGCACUUCCAGCCUCUCCACCCUGGCAAAGCAGACGCGUGGUUCAACAAAGUCCCGUGUAGAUGCAGAGGGCCAGGAAAAGGGGCUUCUGGAGUGCCAGGUGAAAGAGCUGCUGGCUGAAUCCAAGGCCAAAGACUUAGAGAUCAGCAAUCUCAGGAUGGAGUUGCAGCGCUGUAAAGGUAAAACCUCCAGUGUUCCCUCUUCACCCUCACCCAACUCUGUCGCCUGGCAGGAGCCUGCUGCUGAUCGAGAGCAGGGACAGGUGGCAGAGGCCCUUGUGCUGGUUGGAGAGCUGAGGGAGAAGAACGGGAAGUUUCAGAGAGAGCUGGCCGCGCUCAGGGAGGAGAACCAGGCACUGAAGGAAAAGCUACUUUCCUUGGAAGCCUCUCCUCUCUCGAGUUCAAAUAAAAGCCCCCCCUCAAAACCUUUGGUGAACGGCCUGCCGUCAGACUCCAACUCCUCAACUCAGCAACAGGACAGUCCUCCCUCUUCAGCCAGCCCUCUCAAAACCUCUGUCUCCUCCAGUUCGGAUUUCACCAAGGACUCACCAUCACCCGACUCCUCAGAGUUCGAGAAGAUCCCAUCACGCUCAGAAUCAGUGAGCAGCUGUGUGAGUGGGGACGCAGUUACAGCAGGAACAGUAACCAGUACAGGAGGGCAGGAUGUGUCAGUGCAGAGCCUGACAGAACAGAUUUACAAGAUGGAGGAGAGCCACCACAGCACAGCCGAGGAGCUGCAGGCCACUCUGCAGGAGCUGGCCGACCAGCAGCAGGUGGUGCAGGAGCUGACGGCUGAGAAUGAGCGUCUAGCUGAGGAGAAGCGCCUCCUGCAGACCUCGCUUCAACAGCAGAGAGAGCGCUUGGAGGUGCUGGCGCAGAAGAAUGAGGCGCUUGCUGGCCGGCUUCAGGAGCAAGCCCAAGCUCAGGCCCAGAGGGAGGAGGAGCUGGGGAACCAAGGGCCUCGGCUGGCCGAGCUGGAGCAGAGGUACACCGAGCUGGUUGAAAGUUCACGCUUUGAGCGGGAGAAGCUGGUGGACAUCCAGCAGCAGCUGACAGGCAGCCUGCGGGCUCUGGAGGAGGAACACCAGGAGGCCCAAGGCCAGGUGGACUGCCUCAGGGAGGAGAUGGACAGGCUGCAGGCCCAGCUGGACAGAGAGCUGGAGGCAGGAGGUCAGGCAGCGCAGGCCGCGGAGGAGCAGAGGGCGACAGCAGACUGUCUCAGACUGGAAAAUAGUAGGCUGAAAGCGCAGGUGGACAUUGAGAGGCAAAAGAUGGGUGAGCUGAAGGCCAUGCAGAGUGCCAGUGACAGCACUGAGGUGCAGAACUUGCUGAAGACGACCCACGCUGAGAGAGACAGGCUGGAGGUGGAGCUGACGGAGCUGAGACAGGAGCUGCUGCAGGCCCAGGCUGAGACUGAGCAUAUGCGAUCCACUAUGUCCAAGGUGGAGGCAAAAUGCCAACAGGUUCAGGAGCGGGCCGAGAGGAGGGAGCAGGAGCUCAGCAGCCGGGUAACUUCCCUGGAGGAAGCUGGGAUCCAUGCUGAGAACCAGGUGAAGGAGCUGAAGGAGACCAUUUUUGAACUGGAGGACCAGGUGGAGCAGCAGAGGGCCGUCAACUGCCACACCAACCAAGCCGUCCUGGACAUGGAGAAUCUUGUCAAAAAGCUGGAGGAGCAGAAAGGGGAAACAGACCGACAACUGAAAGUCUUUAGUAGACAGAUGAAGGAUGAAAAAGAAGAGUGGCGUCGGUUCCAGGCAGACCUCCAGACGGCAGUGGUGGUGGCCAACGACAUCAAGGUGGAGGCUCAGCAGGAGCUUCGUACACUCAGGAGGCAGCUGCAGGAGGAGCAGGAUCGCAGUGCAAAGCUUUCCACAGACCUCGAAGCCCUGCAGGGUGUCAGGUCCCAAGGUGACGAGGUGAGACUGUCCGACUUCGAUAACAACCGUCACUGGUGCGGCAUGUCCGUGAUCCCGACCACACCCACGGACGCCAGCGGAGAUGCCGACUCUGAGCCCGGAGCUACUGUCAAAUCCCUCAUUAAGUCCUUUGAUAAUGUUGGACAGAAUGGACCAGGCCAUACGGUUCAAAUGCACUCCUCGCAAAGAAGUCCGCUGAGUGGGAUCCCUGUACGCACUGCACCUGCUGCUGCUGUCUCCCCUAUACAGAGACACACAUACAUAAAGCCGCUAUCAAAGACGUUGGAAAAAAGAAUCAACCAUGGAGACUUCUCUCAUCACCAUGAUAAGUUGUCGGGCUGCAGUGAAGACCUGAAACCUACCAGCCUAAUGAGGAAGAGCCCUUCUCUGGAGUCUGUCAUCAAACCGCCCAUCUCCCUCAGCAGCCGCACAGCAUCCUUCAGCUACAACCGAGGAAACAGCAAGCUGAGUGUGGAAAGAAAGGACCCCUUGGCUGCACUGGCGCGGGAGUACGGAGGAUCUAAGAGAAACGCUCUACUGAAGUGGUGCCAGAAGAAAACAGAAGGCUAUCCGAAUAUUGAUGUGACCAACUUCAGCAGCAGUUGGAGUGACGGCUUAGCUUUCUGUGCCCUCUUGCACACCUAUCUCCCCGCUCACAUCCCUUACCAGGAACUCAUCAGUCAAGAUAAGGUCCGGAAUCUGACCCUGGCUUUCCAGGCCGCCGAGAGCAUCGGGAUCAAACCCUCUCUGGACAUGGAGGAGCUGAUGAAGACAGACAGGCCGGACUGGCAGAGCGUCAUGCAGUAUGUCUCUCAGAUCUACAAGUACUUUGAGACCUGACUGACGGGGAGCGAGGAGCUGGAGACCGAUGAGUUGGAGGCACUGCAGCACUUUUCUGUCAGCACUACAUUUACCUUCCAGGCAGACCGAACGCUGCCACCGUAACACUUCUCCUGCUUUGACACCAGUGACAUGACUGAGGACUUGGACGUCACGGCGCUGCUGUUAUCUCUUUUUUUAAUGGAGAUGCUGCAGUGAACACCGAGGCCCAAAUUUACAAAGACUGCAGUCAGGAAACACAUCACAUUGUUCAUUUUAAUGAACUUUCACGUGUCCAGUGAGCAUCUGAUUCACAGACAAAUGAAGUUAUGGUGCAAAAUACUUUUCAGGCUUCGGGGUUGUUGACAGCACAACUGAGAGAGGGAUUAAAAACUUAUUUGAUUAUUUUAAAUCCCUCUACACUGACUUUGAAAUAAUUGAUAGAAAUACAGAACUUUUGUCUCAAACUGGCUGUUAGUAGAAAAUAUAUUUUUUCUUUUUUUUUUUGCUUAUUAUUUGGGUUUGUGAAUCAAAUGCUCUCGUCUGGUUGUUUUCAACAUGUGCCAAAUCUUCUGCCAAGACACAACUUCUACAGACUAUCUAUGCAUGGUGAGAGUGUCAGCUUCUGUCUGAGUGCGCAGCUUGACGCCUCCUUUCACCCAACAACUUGCAGCCACGCGUGAAACCAAACUGAGCAAAUUUAUGUUGCUUCAAAGAAUCAAUCACUUCUCAUACUGUGUGCUUAUUGUUAACCCGCUGGAGUCGCACCUUGCAGAGCAGAGAGUAUUUUGAACUGACAGAUUUGAGUUGAACUUUUAUAUUUUCAACUUUUAAAGGUGCAGUUGGUAAGAUUUGGCCAGAUUUUAGUUUAAAGCAUCGUAGAAAAAUGAACUAAAAUGAUCAACAGUGUGUGAAGAAGUGACAGUGCUGAUGUAUAUGUAUUGUGUUGUAGCAAUAUCUACUAAUAUUAGCAUGCUAGCCACAGACUGUGCUGUCUUGUAAUAUCACUUGUGCCUCGAAAAGGCGGUAGUGAGUCACUGUAGCGGUACAGCAGUUAGCAUCUUUAAUUUACAACUUAAACAAAAAUGAAGAGCCACUCACUAACUGAGAUUCUGAGAUAAAGACAGUGUUGCAACGGUAAGUGUUUAGCUUCUUCCCACUUGCUCUAUGCAUAGAGAACAACAGCCGGCAGAGAAAAGUCAGAGGCAGCGAUGCCAGAGGAAGCAGAAGUGAGGCAGGGGAGUCGGGACCCAGGCUAGGCUAAGAGUAGUUUGCGUAAACCGGCUGCACAGAAUGCAGCGUUACAGUGAUAUCAAAGACCAGACUUACAUGAAAACAUCCCAAAUAGUUUAGCCGCAGAGCAUCCGCCUGUGACUCUUCUCUGUCGGACCUUUGCUCUCUGUGUCUCCACUGAGCGAGUAAUCUCAAAAAAGCCAGACUCUUCAGGGACCUGUCUAUUGCAACAGUUUCUUUAAGGCAGAAUUGAAAGUUCUCUAAACAUUUUGAAGACACUGCAAGAUUUAUUGUGUGUCUAACUGUAAUGUUUUCAUCGCUGCAUUUAGUGAAUCAUGUAUUGCACAAGGGGAAAUACUGUCCCCUGUUUUUGGAGAAUAUGGCCAGUCAUUACAAACUGCACCUUUAACUGUGUGCAUCCUUAAUAAUAGAAAUAGACAAACCUUAGCUGCCAUCUGUGAUGCAAUACUAAAACUGGUUUAACACUAAGAGAGUUGCUGAAUAGUUUUUCUAGACAUAUUUUUUAUGAAAUGAAAUCUCUAUAUGUGCAUUGUUCACAACAUGAAGGACUGGCUAAAUCAAACCAUCGUACCUAACCCUCCUGUGUUGUUUCAUCAAGACUCUAUGGUACUGCAGCUGCUUUGCAAAAUAUUCAUGUACAUAUUUGGCAUGCCAUGUUAAAUUAUGAAGCAGAGGAUGACUUUUACAUGUAAGAGUUGAGGCACAAUACUUUCUCUGUAGUAUGAUUUAGACAAGCCUCCAUUUGCAGAUGCCCUUGUGUUUUGGAAGAUAAAAGUGUUUAUUUAUUUAUUUACAAGACUUGCAUCCUGAAAAGUGAGAAUGUGGACAGAAGUGUGUGCAGUUUUCUAUUUACAGAUGUCACAUUUGGAGGCCUGUUGGAUGGAUAAUGCUCAAUAAAGGAUUGUCAAGUUUUAUAUUCAA